AUGGCUCUUGCCAAAACCAUAGCUUCAGUCUACGAUCGAGCAACCGAACUCAAAUCAUUCGACCAAACAAAAUCUGGAGUCCAAGGCCUUAUCGAUGCUGGAAUCAAACAAGUCCCUCGCAUCUUCUUCAUCAAUCAAUCGAAAAGCAUUCGCAAAACUUCCAACUCUUUGGAACUUCCUGUGGUAGACCUUGGGUCCACCGAUAGAGCAUUGACGAUUGAGAAGAUCCGUAUGGCCUCAGAAAACAUGGGGUUUUUUCAAGUGGUGAACCACGGAAUCCCAUUGAGUGUGAUGAACGAGGCGCUACAAGGUGUCCGUAGAUUUCAUGAACAAGAUGUGGAGAUUAAAAAAAGGUUUUACACUAGAGAUGCGUCGAGGCCCGUGGUGUAUAAUAGCAAUUUCGAUUUGUAUACUUCUCCCACAGCGAACUGGAGAGACACAUUUUUUUCAUUCAUGGCACCAUCGCCCCCGCCCCCGGAAGAAUUGCCAGAGGUUUGUAGAGACAUUCAAAUCGAGUACUCAAAUCAAGUGCUGAAACUAGGCGGCUUAUUGUUUCGGUUGAUCUCAGAGGCCUUAGGUCUAAAACCAAGUUACUUGGGAGAUCUGGAUUGUGACAAGGGGCUCGCAUUCUUCGGCCAUUGUUACCCUGCCUGUCCACAACCAGAUCUAACCAUGGGUACAACCAAACAUACAGACACUGGUUUCCUGACUGUGCUUCUACAAGAUGAUAUCGGCGGGCUGCAAAUACUUCAUCAAAAUCAAUGGGUUGAUGUUCCACCUACUCCGGGUGCGCUUGUCAUCAAUAUCGGUGAUCUAUUGCAGAUGAUGUCUAAUGACAAAUUGAAAAGUGUGGAGCAUAGAGUGGUGGCAAAUGAGAAAGGGUCGAGGGUGUCCGUGGCGUGUUUUUUCAGCAACUCGUUAGCUCCAUUGACGAAGCUAUAUGGACCUAUCAAGGAGUUGGUUUCCGAUGAGAACCCACCGAGGUACAGGGAAACCACUGUUCAUGACUACAUGCAGUAUUCCUUGUCUACAGCACUUGAUGGUGCUCCUCGUUUACUUCAUUUGAAGCUUUAAAUUGUACCAUUUUUAAUAUAACUAGAUCUCAUCUAAUCAUUGGGUGGAUGAGAUCAUCUAAUAUAACUAGAUCAUCUAAUCGUUGGGACAAUAAGAUAUGUGGAGUGGGUGUUUAAUUGGGUCAUGACAUGUGUUCAACU